UACUGUAUUAAAAUGCCCAGUAAUGAAGGAUUUGAUGUCCUGAAUUUCGAUGUUAAAACUGAUACUUCCUGGGUUUUCCAGGAAUUAGAAGAUGCAAGAAUAUCUGAUGAACAAGUAAAUGGUUCUGGAGAAGAGAAUUUGAAACUCAGAAUAGAAAAGCUGGAAAAGUUGGAGCACAAACUGAAAGGUGUUUUAGAGGACUACUUGGAGUCGGAUUCUGUCCUAAAAAAUAGGAUGAAAGAGCUGGAGCUGUCACAUAAAACACUUCUUGUGAUGAUUGAUCAACUAAAUGUGAAGUUGCACCAGGUUGAAAAUGCAAAUGUGCGUGUCAAAGGGAAAUUGCAAGACAUUCGUGAGGACCUGAUGAACCUGGUUGAAAACCAACAGAAGUUAGAGAAGAAGCAAAAGGAAAAAUUACGCUGGCUUCAGGAGCAGCUGAAGACAAAAGAAGAUGAAAUAAAAAGUCAAUCAGAGUAUUUUGAACACUACAAACAAAGGCAGAGACAUCAGACAGCAGUGCUGAGAAAACGAGAAUGUUACCUUCAGGGUGAGGUAUCUAGGCUGGAAAAACAUGUCCUAGAUCUUAGUGCCCAUAUUGCUCUUUUGACAUCCGAAUUAGAGGAGGGAAUGGUGCAGUAUCUCCUGCAGAAGUUGGAAUCAGCAUGCAGUGGAACUCAGGGCUAUAAACACUCUGAUGUAGAAGUAAUGGAACUGAAAACUUGCAUUGAAUAUGUGGAGCAUGACAUGAAAAGCCACCUUGAGGCAUUUCAGCAGAAUCUGAAGUUCUUAAGUGAAAAAGAGGAGGACAACAGAAGAGAACAGGCAGACCUGCUGAUUGAACUCCAGUGCUCUCAGGACACUGAGGACUUUCUCAGAAGUAAAUUGGAAGAAUCUUACCAUCAUGUUUAUACUCUGAAAUUAUCUGAAAUCAGACUACAGGAAAAAAUGGAAAAGCUUUUGGAGGAAAAUAGGGCUUUAAAAGAUCAAGGUAGGGUGAAGCUGAAAAAGAAGAAAGAAAAAGACUCACAAUACACAAGGCUGGAGAAUGGAGACAGCAGCGUUGACCUGAAUGGAGAUCUAAUACAGGAUGAUGUUCAAAAUCUGAAAUGGGGAGCAGUCUUGGUUUUACUCAGAAGCAGAGCUACUCAAACUCCAGUUGUGCUGCUACAUGCUAAAGAGUCUGAAACACCAGGAUGUAGCUGUGAUGGGCUAGAGCAGAUGGAGGAGCUACCAGAGCUUCUACCAGUUUUGGAAUACAAUUCCUGUGCCUUUGCAAAAGUUGCUGGUCUAGCUGAGAUUGAGCAGAUCACCCUUGGAACAAAGAGGGCAGGUACUCUAGAAGAUAGUUUCACUUUGUUCAGAUGUACCCCAAGUUAUUAUGCAGCAAAACUGCUUCCCCCUUACUCUGAGAAUGAUGAGAAAAGUAAGGAAAACAAAGAUGAAGAAAACUUUUCUCUCUUGAAAGAACAAGCUAUAAAUCUACCAGCAAAGGUGUUUUCUGUUUCUGUGGUUGAAGAAUUUAUGAGGAAGAAACUCCAACUUACCAUGCUAGAACCUGAAAGCUACCAAUUAUCAACUGUCACCACUGUGAAGAAAUUGAGGAAUUUGGAUUUCUCUGAGGCAAAUACCAACCUUUGCUCUGAUGGCCUCUGCCUUGUUGCAAAAGGAGGAUCUUCUGGCAAAGCUUCUGCACUUCUUAAUGGAAAGAUACCUUGCACUGUAACUGAAAUUUUCACAUCAUAUCUAGAAAAAUACAACAUGGAAAAACAUUGUGAAAAUAAUAUUCUGCCACAAAUCAUAAGUGAAAAUAAAUGUCUGGAUAGAGGUAUUGAUGAUGGAAUAUAUCACAAAAAAGUCAUCAGAGGGAGAGCUAAAGGAGAAGAAAUCGAGAAAGUCCAACCACAACAGGUGACCUGUGUUGCUGAGGGAAGUUCUAAAGUUUUAUUUAAAACUGAACUGAUUAGUCCUGGGAAGCAAGGAAUGGAAGCCAAAGACAGCCUAGGUGGCCCUCAGGAUGUCCAAAAUUUAUCUGUUGAUUUUAAAGACUUAAAGAAACAUUUUGAAGGGACCCCUGAACUAAUGGAGAAACAAAGAAGCCUCUCAGAAAUCUGCAUCCCUGAUGUGAAUAGGGUGUAUAAUGGAGAAGACAUAAUCAAAAUGGAGGAGAAAGGAGAACAACCUCAGAAACAAACUCAUCAAACAAAUCCUUCCAGAAAUAUUGGCCUGAAAGUUAAGAAAGACCAGACCCUGAAACUAUGUGAAACAAAUGAGAAUUUCUCAUGUCAAAAAAUAGCUGUUGAAAACAUGCAAUAUGUAUACUCUCAGAAAUUUUUUUGGUCAGAGGAAGAGAGGUAUCUGCUAAACAUACUGUCUUCUGUGCAGGAGAGGACUGCGUGCUUAAGCAAACUGUUCCUGCCACAGAGCAAUUUUUAUGAGUGUUUCUGUCAUCUGUCACCACUGGAAGCUGGUAAUGAACAUAAUAUGAAAAUAUAUGUACUAGAAAAAGUGGUGGCUGUGUGUUCUCAGAGGAUAUUUCUACUCAUGCAAGAGAAUGAAAAUUACUCAAAGAAAGUCUGUAUAUUACAACAGGAGAAUGAGAGAUGUGCUCAGAUGUGUGCACUGGAAGAGGAGAUGGAUGCAUAUUUUCAAUACAUUUUAGCGGCAGAUGAAGCUAAUACUGUUUCAUUUCAAAACUUAUUUAAUGAGAAAGAAGUUGCUGCUGGAUGUUAUAAUAACUUACCAGAAGAAAACAUGAUGAGCCCAGAAACAUUUUUUGUUGAAACCUUCUCUAAGAACCUUUUAUGUGUUAAAGAGAAAAAUAAGAAUCCUAAAAAAGACUCAUUGACAAUUGCAUCAAAUAAUCUUCCCAGGAGUGUUUUAUCCCUGAUUGGAAGGAAAAUGAGGUAUUUUCAGCUGCUUUCUGACCUGAAAGAAGAAAGAAGCAGAUGCUUUAAAAAAGUAGCUGAAUUAUUACAAGACAAAGAGAACUAUUUAACAAAAUGUAAUGAAUUAAUACAAGAGAGAGAGGCAAAUUUACAAAGAAUAUCUCUUUUAGAAAGUGAAAAAGAAAUUUUAUUGGGAUGUUUGGCAGAAGUAAAGUGUGAACAAGACAAUUACAGGACCUUGGUUUCAGACCUUCAAGCGUGCAAAACCAGCUGUUAUAAGACUAUUUCUGAUUUACAGGAGGAAAAAUGUGUACUAAAAAGAGAAGUAGACAGAAUUGAGAAGGAAACUUCAGAACAGCUUGAUGAAUUUCGGAAAGCAAAUGCACACUUUAUUUUAGAAAAUAACAAAUUGAAAGAAUUAAUGUCAUCUUUGGGUUUCACCUAUGAAGAGCUGAGAAAAGAUAAAAGUUUAGGAACAAAGGAAAAGAUAGUAGAACUAAAAGAAGAAAGUCAACAAUGUGGUCUUAAGUCAAAUAAAGUUGAAACAACAUGUCGCGUAACUCAGACUGAAGAAGAAUUUCCAGUUAUAGACCCCUCAAACUAUUACCCUGGAAAAGAGGGCAGCAUGUUUGAAAGCUACAGUGUGAUGAAAGAACAAGUCAAAAAGGCGAAAGAGGAAGUCAAAAUACAGCAAAAGGAAUUAGAAAAAUCGAAAAAAGAGGCUCAGAAGUGGUACAGAGAGCUUGGCUUUGCUGAAACAAGAUAUGAAGAAAUCAAAACUCGUUUGACACAGGCUUUCUCAGAACUAGACCAUCUUAAACAAGAGGCUGGGGACAAAAUGCUUGGAAAGCAGCACUGCAAAUUAAUGCCUGUGUCCACUGUGAAAGAUGCCCAGGAAACAGAGACUAAAAUAGCAAAUAAGAGAUUACAGCAGCAAGUGCUGACCUUGAAAGCCCAGCUCAGGGACCAGGCUGCAUUGCAAAAUCAGUUUCAUGACUUGCAGAAUGAAGUGGAACUCCUUCAGGCUCAGCUAUGUGAAAAGGGAAAAGAACUUCAGAAGAGAAGGUCUGAAGAGAAGUUGACACUGGCUCCUCUGAAGGCUAAACUGGCUUGCCUCAUGCGAAAGUGCCAGGAAAGGAACAGCUUCAUUACAAGGAUGCAUGGAGAAUUUCACAGGCGAGGAAUUAUUAACUCUGCGUUUGAUGAAGAGGUGAAAAACUUGGUGAAUGAUAUGGCCCUGGCAGAGUACACAGUCACUUUUACACCAAUGUGUGAUCAAGAGAUGCUGCCUUCUUCCACAGACAUUUCACAGGCCACUGGACAACCAGAGGAUCAUGAGACAUAUGUCAAAGUGAAUGGGAUGACUGGGUCAAUACCUGCAAACUCUCAGGAAGAGGUGGAUAGCAUCCACAGUCCUGCCAUCACUCCAGAGGUGUAUGCUGGCUCUCCUAUAAAAUUAACAAGCCCAGAGAAGAUCAUAUCCUUGCAUUCAGAACUAAGACAAAACUAUUGCAAAAAUUGCCAGAUGCCUUCAGUUGUCUUCAACUCAAAUCCAAAGGCUGACUGCAACCUACCCAUGAUCCACAAGGAAACUCCCUGGCCUCUGCUGUCAAGGGUGAAGGAUGCACAGGCACCUCCAGAGCAUAGUGCUUUCUGGGCCACGAAGGGGAGGGGUCGGUUGUUGAAAUGUGAUGAUGCAUUCUGGGGUCAUAUAGGAAAUCAGCAUGCAGGUGCUAUUCCCCAGGGAGUGAAACAGAAAAAUGCCAUUAUGAAUAAGGCAUGGCUCUCUAGAGAAAAAACAGAUGGCUCAAGCUCAGCUACCACAGCAAAAAGCUAUUUGUCAGACAUGUUGUCAGCAAGUAAUAAAGGUCAAAAUCCUGUGGGGAGAAAUCAGCUGCAUGGGAAAGAAUAAAACCCGCAGAAAUAAAACAAGGUAAAGGAUCAUAGCAAUGAGAUCUUCCCAUUGUUAUAAAAGUACUAACCGUUUUUAAAAACAAAGAUAUUUUACUGGUUAGCAUGACCUAGCAACUAGUUUGAGAUAACUGGAGAAUUUACAUGAAAAAUAGCUGUGAUACUUUUUAUGAUCAAAACUUAAGAGUGUUUGAGGUCACUGGAUUUUUCAGUAGCUGAGCUGUCUCCCCAUUUUCUUUUCAAUUCUUGUUUGUGAUUUGCUUUUCUUUUAACUGAGACAGUGAAACACAAUCUAUUAAAUCACUCUUUUAGGUAUAACUCAUUUCUUCAGUGUGCAGUGGCAAGUUCUGAAAGAAUACCUGCUUUGCAUGACUGUUCCCUCUGAGAUCUAAGGAAAUGUGAUGUCGUGAACUUCCUAGAAACCCAUUUUACAGAAAUUGGGAGGUAGUUUUGCUGUUAGUGUUUCUUUAGUGUCUUGGGAUUUUUUAUUUUUUUUUUAAGAUGACAUAGCAGCAUACUCCUGUAGGUGGUAGUAUCUGUAAAAUAGCAUCCUUCAAUUGUUACUUUUAAGUAACAAAUUGCAGCUUAACUUGAGUAGUUUUACUGGGCGUGUUCCCAACCACUUUCUUUAGGUGACCACUUGGGCAUCACGAGUACAGUAACAUCUGCAUUGAAGGGAUGGAUGAUUCGGACUGCACCCUGUGCUGCCAAACCCCUACACCUACAAUAGUGACAAGUGGAUGUUGUGCCAGGCCACCUGCACUAGCAGAGAUGUGACAGUUCUUCCUCAGAGUCUGGCUCAGAAAUAGUUGUGUCUGGGCUGCAUAAACCUUUGAUGAAGGCUGGUUAUGAGAGGGAAGAAGAGAGUGUGUCUGUUCAGGUGCUGCUGUGCACUAUCACCGGCUGACUCUGGGAAGUUUAACUGAGCAUGGUUGUAUAUUCCCUAAAACAUUGAUUUUUACUGACUAACCAGAGUUAAUACUUUGGGAAAACCGCCAUUAUUCACAUGUCCCAGCUAUCUUUAUUUUUAAUCACUUUUAUUAGAAAAGGGCAUUUUUAACAGACAGUAAUAUGUGGCACUGUUCCUGUGCUUUUCCUCUGCCUCUACUGAUUACCCGUUUGUUCAUAGUAUGUUACUACUUUGAAGCUGCUUUUUGGAAGCCAGAAACAAAAUGACUGGUUUUGAAGAAAUAUUAAUGCACACACUCACACUUUAUUGCAGGAAACCCAUUUUCCUUUGCUCAUUAAGGUAGCAGUGCAAUUGCUUACAACAGUAACUGAAUUGGUGUUCAUCCAACAUAUCUUUAGAAAAUACACACCAGAUGCCAAGGGGAAUAAUAGCCCCUGAAGUGAUGUUUGGGAGUGCUGUCUUAAGUAGAGGAGACACCAGUGAGGUUCCAAAACCUGGGUUUCUGCUUUCAUCUGUCUUUCUCUUCUACCUAAUGUCUGGCCAGCACUUCUGAAGAUAGAUAUACCUGAUACCCAGCCACCAGCUGCCUUCUUAAGAUAUUUUGAUGUGGAAAAACACUGGAAAUAUUUGACAUGGCAACUUUCAUAUUGAUAAAAUGAUGUUUUAAGAAUUAGCACUUGUAAGAACUUUUUUGGAGCUUUAUCUUUUUCACAGAAAAAUACAGGGCCUAGAAGUUAAGGCUGGAAGUCAGAUCAUAAUGUGCUCUAAUAAUAAGACUAUUAAAAAUAAUACCCUGAGAUAAUAAUAUCAGUCUUUGUUAUCCUAGUGUAGCUAUCUACUUUGUGAUUGGGUCUGUAGUAACUUACCAUGAAGUUAAAGCCUUUCACAGUGCAGUCCCUUUCUAUCAAAGACAAGUGUGAUUUAUUUUAAAAUAUCAGGCUUCAUUUUAAGCUAAUUAGGUUAUUUGGCCCCAUUCUUACUCCUUCUGGAAUUAAUAAUUUCCUGAGCAAGGGCUGCAGACACACACAGGUGUAGAUGGGGAAACAGACACUUGCAAGCAUAUUACCUGUGUGGGAGGACUGUAAUGCAAAAUGGACUCAAGCAAUUUCUCAUGCUAAUGUAUUCUGUACUGGCACUUUGUAGCUUUGCUUCACAAAUCACAGAUUUCAGUUAAAUUCCUGUAGCCCCUUGUGUUCUUAAUUUUUAAAGACAUCUAUUCUUCCUACUCCUAGAAAUCAUGGUUUAAAUGUGUGCAGAUACCACAGUUGUCUUUUGGACAGCUGUUUCAGCUGCUUUUCAUUUCCCUUAAGUCAAAAUGCAAGAUUUUAGACACCACAGUGGAGGAAUGCUGGUGAUUUAACAGCAAUCCAUUUGGAGUGCUGCAUGCAACAGCAUUAGAAAAGGUGGAUCAGUUUUCUUUUUUAAACUUAUGUCCAACUCCUUUUUUUCCCACUAUUGAAUAGGCAAAUGAGAAGUGAUAGUCAAAUUAUGCUAAAUAAUUAUGCACUAAUUGAUGUACAAGAAGAUUAGAUGAUGCAUUGCACUAUCAAACAAGGUCCUUCGAGUUCUUCAAACACAGUCAUUUACAGAAACCAGCUUCAGGAUGUACAGUGGUAGGCCAGAUGGUUCGUAUAUUGGUGUCCUGCCAAGCUGAGGUCCUUUGGGAGUCUGAGCCUGAUGAAUGACUCAUACAGAAUAAUUAAUAUUGCCCCAUAAGAUGUAAAUGAUUUGUUUCUUUUUUGAAAUUGAGGAUGAUCAAUAGCAAUGUGCUUACAGAAUAUAUAUGAACAAUUGACUUGUAUUGAAUCACUGAUGAGCUGCUGUUUGUCAUCCAUGGACCCGAGUCAAAUGGCAUUAUCUGUACUUGACUGGAUGAUCAGGACACUUGAAAGGAAGCUGGACAACAGUGUGCUUCCUACCGACAGACGCUUACUGAGCCUGCUUCCCAUUCAGACUCUUUCACUUACAAAGAACUUGUUUAAAACAGAAAACUAUUUGCUAGGAUCAAUAGUUCACAUCAGACAACUGUCUAUUAACCUAUUCAGGCUAUAUGUGCCCAGUUCUUUUUUUCUAGACCUAAACUCCCAGUAUUGAAGUCAAAAUAUCUCAAUUUGGCAGUAGUCAUCUCUUUUCUCUCUAGUUCUAACAGAAGUAUUACUUAGAAUAUAAAUGCAAUACAUGGAAGUAGUAAUCUGAAAUGGUGAUAGUGCUUUUAAAGGCUGUGUGAAAGAUAAAAUUUAAAAGAAAAUGCGCUGUGUACCUGAGGCUACAAAUGCACUGUAAAGUAGUUUGUAUACCCAUUGGAGGAGGAAUUCGAAUUUGAAAAUCAAAAAACAUUGGAAGGAACAUCCAU